AUGGUAGAACUUGAAACUACAGUUGCUAUUGAAUUUCCGCAAUUCCCAAAGCUUCCAGCCGAGCUAAGGCUUCUAAUCUGGCAGUUUGCUCUUCCCCACCGAGUUUUCGAGAUCCGAAGGGAGACGGUGUCUAUUAGGCAGGACGGCGAGGCGGACGUUACCAAGGAACUGGAUCACGACGCUUGGCGCGUCCGUAGCUCAGACCUAGUGGCCGUGCUGUUAGCCCCGCCAGCCAUACGUUCGGUAUGUCGCGAGGCAAGGAGAUUCGCUUCGCGGACUGGAUCGUGGAAAUGUGUUGGGAGUCGUCCUCGUGGUACCGGUCGAGUUAUUAGGUUAGCGACAUGGUUCGACUCUUCGACCGAUACGCUCUGUUUCGAUGACUCGGCCAUUCAGAACGUCCCGGUGGAGACUACGGAACGAAAUGGCCUCUCGAUACCACACGUCACCAACCCUGCCGUGACGAGAUUCUACUUCGCCAGUUCUCCGUCGAGUCCCAUCUGUAUAAGCCUCGCAGCAUUAGCGGGGGCUUCGGGGAAGUUCUUUGUGGAGCAGUGGAAACGUAAGCGAGGCUUCUGGUCCGGCGUGCCGCAUUACCAGUUCUACCACGAUAGCAUACUGAUGCAUCUGGGUAGAUCUCCCAAGGUGCAUGAGAUAUUUGGGAAGGGCACAGAUAUGUGUCAUACCCUUCUAGUUGAUGCUCAAGAUCGUGGGAAACUUCGACAACUAAGAAAGUUGUACGUGGAGGAAUCCGAUCCAGCCUUCUUCCAGAGGAGAGUUGCAGACUGGCUCGAAGAUAUUAUAAACCCAGAAGAAGGAUACGUUCAGCAGUGUUUCAAAGACCUGAAGGAUCUUUGGCUUAAAGGGCAAGAAGAUGUGCCAUCCUCGGCUCUAGUACUCUCACCAGAUCGGGCAAACAUUCAGAUGAGGUCCCUGAUCGAACCCGGUGCCGUACUUCACACGAUACAGAAAUUUGACCACGCCCACGACUGGUGUAAGGAGACCGUGAAGGCGAUGCCGGACAUGCAGCUCGUAGUCCAUUUUCGAUUGUGUAUCACAAACCAUGAUCAUGAGCGUGACCAGAAGACUAAGAGCCUUGAGAAUUAAAUGUUAAUAGGGAGAGCAAUCCGCCCCUGAAUCUUGUAUAUACAUUUAAGC